CAACCCCAAACAGAGAUGACCUGGGGUAGAGGACGAGCGCGGCGAGCCCGCCGUCCGCAGGAGGAGCUGCCCAACCCUCGGCUCUCAGCCUCCGCGUCCGCUCAGGAACCCACGGCCCGCGCCAACUCCGGGACAGCGAAACCUCCGCGCCUCGGGCACCCGGCAGAGACCGGUGGCAGGCCUCGCAGUCGGGCCCACGAGAGUUAACCAACCUGCUCCAGCGGAGGCCGAGGGCCGGGCCGCUGAGCACCUCCCAUUGGCCGCCGAGCCGGCUCUGCGCUCAUUGGCGGAGGCGCUCGGCUGCGGCUCUUGGAGAGUCCCCAUUGGCGCUGCGUUCCACCGACCGGAGCGCGGCGGCCCGGCCUCCGCAAGCUACCCCGGGUAAAGGUGCUCCAGCUCCGUAGCUACCUUGCCACGCUCCGUCUUAGCUAGAAUCUUAACUUCCUUCGCAGCCCUCCUCUUGCUUGUCGCCAAGGCACCUCCGGGUCUUCCCUUCUUCUUGUUGCUUUUCUUUUUCCUACCUCUCCAGCUAACAUUUCCCAACUCCGCGUUUUCCUUAAAUAUUCCCUGGUCCCCCUAGCCUGUCGUCCCAGGCAUCGCCACCUGCCACCGUCUAAUUUCUGCUCCUCCUUGACCUCAGAUCCCUUGGUCAACAGGGCCUUUUCGCCAGACUCUCCGACACUCCUCUUUCCCCCUUAUUUGCCACCCCUCUGACUCCCAAAUUCCCACUAACCUUACUUCACUUCUUGACAUUUGACUCUUAACACUUUAGCUCUCUAAAUUUCUACCUGUUGCAGCCUGGACUGCAAAAAGCCAGGUGUUGGCCCUGAUAUCCAUCCCUGCUUCCCGAGGCCGGUGCUACCCCUACCAUGGAAUUCUUGAUGAGUGGUCUGGCAGCCUGCGGGGCCUGUGUGUUCACCAAUCCCCUGGAAGUUGUGAAGACCAGAAUGCAAUUGCAGGGAGAACUGAAGGCUCCGGGAACCUACCAGCGCCACUACCGGAACGUCUUCCAUGCCUUCUUCACCAUUGGCAAGGUGGAUGGCCUGGCUGCCUUGCAGAAGGGCCUGGCCCCUGCGCUCCUGUACCAGUUUCUGAUGAAUGGCAUCCGACUGGGCACCUACGGGUUGGCGGAAGCUAGGGGAUACCUGCGCACUGAUGAAGGCGUCCACAGUCCUGUCCGCAGCGCUGCAGCUGGGGCCCUAGCUGGGGUCAUGGGAGCCUAUCUGGGAAGCCCAAUCUACAUGGUGAAGACACACCUUCAGGCACAGGCAAAGGCUGAAAUUGCUGUAGGGCACCAAUAUAAGCAUCAGAUCUUUCCUCCCCAGAGCUGGAAGGUGGCUCUGGCGGCUGCCAUGGUGAGUGGCAUCGCAAUAGUCCUGGCCAUGACACCCUUUGAUGUGGCCAGCACAAGGCUCUAUAACCAACCCACUGAUACCCACGGCAAGGGCCUCAUGUACCGGGGGAUCUUGGACGCUCUGCUGCAGACAGCUCGGACAGAGGGCUUUUUUGGCAUGUACAAGGGUAUAGGUGCCUCCUAUUUUCGCCUUGGCCCCCAUACUAUCCUCUCCCUCUUCUUCUGGGAUCAGCUGCGCAUGAUCUACAGCACAUACACUAAAUGAGUCACGCCCCUGCACUCCAAAUCAACACUCUUUGGGCACCAGCCUCUACUACUUACUAUCUCAGUGACUAUUUACUGACCGAUUGACUUCUCAUGAACCUAACGGGGACAGCCACACCCACUGCCUCUCAGUUCUCUUAGGGUUGAAUCAUUCUGAGCAGUAAUUUCUGUCUUUCCCAUGGAUAUUGCUUUAA